AUGGCAGCAGCUCAGACACAAUCGCUCUACUCGUCCCUCAACCUCGUCCACAAUGUCUCCAAGACCUCAUCGGGCUCGGAAGUCCACAGCUACAUUUCUGAUCUAGGGCAAGACACUCCCAUCCUGACAUUGAUCCAUGGCUACCCUCAGUCGGCUUAUAUCUUCCGGCAUGUCGUCCCUUUGUUGUCCGGCAAGGUCUCCCUGUUCAUCCCUGAACUCCCCGGCUACGGCAUCUCCACUCCCAUCAAAGACACAAACGCCAACGACAAGCGAUCUGUCGGCACGGCUCUUCUUGAAGCCUUAUCCCAGGUAUUCAAGACCACUUCAUCCACAUCUGCCGGUCCUCGGCCUGUGGUAUUAGGAGGCCACGACCGCGGUGCUCGAAUCGCCCAUCGGCUCUCCGUGGACUUCUCGCAUCCACCUCAAGACUUGUCGAAUCCAUCUCUGUACUCCUCCUCAAACCUCACUGUUCUUGGUACAAUCCUGCUCGACAUCGUUCCUACGCAAGCGCAAUGGCAGGCCUUCGCCGACCCGGAUAUCCUGACAAACUACUUUCAUUGGCCACUGCUAGCGAACGCAGACCUCGCCACCGAGAUGGUGACCGCCUACGGAGGUGGUCGCUGGGCCCGCCUCGCUUGCACACGCAUCGCCGGACCAAAUCCAGACUCUGUUGUGCGCAUCACCUCGAACGACGCCCUCGAUGUCUACGGUGCCCUCUUCGAGCAGCGGGAGACGAUAUACUACUCCAACCUCGACUAUGUGGCGGCGGCCACCACCGAUGUCGCGGAGCAAGAGGAGGACCAGAAAGCCGGGCGCAAAGUCGCGGUUCCGCUCCUCGUCAUGUUCUCACAGGCCAAGCUCGGGUCGCGCAUCGAUGUCCAAGGAAUCUGGAAGGAGUGGGUGGCUGAAGGAGUGGACUAUGAAGGGUUCGGCGUGGGCCACGGAUAUGGGCAUUAUCUCCCCGAAGAGGCCUUUGAUGUCGUGAGCGACAAGAUCGAGGCUUUCUUGAACAAAGUCACAUGA